AGAUGCCUUCUUGAGCCUGCUUGUGGCCACCCACAGACACUUGUAAGGAGGAGAGAAAUCAGCUUGGGAGAGGCACUCUGAAAUGAGGGAUUAGAGGCCAGGAUCCAAGGAGCAAGCACUGCAGCCUGAAGGCAAGGGAGCAGGCCCCGACGACGCCCCCACUGCCAAGAGGUCCGCAAUGGCUUCCCUUGGCCUCCAACUCGUAGGCUACGUCCUGGGCCUCCUGGGGUUGUUGGGCACCCUGGUGGCCAUGCUACUUCCCAGCUGGCGAACAAGCUCCUACGUCGGUACGAGCAUCGUGACAGCCGUCGGAUUCUCCAAGGGCCUCUGGAUGGAGUGUGCCACGCACAGCACAGGCAUCACACAGUGCGACAUCUACAGCACCCUCCUAGGCCUGCCUGCUGACAUCCAGGCUGCCCAGGCCAUGAUGGUGACAUCCAGUGCGCUUUCUUCUUUGGCCUGCAUAGUCUCCGUGGUGGGCAUGAGAUGCACAGUCUUCUGCCAGGACUCCCGAGCCAAGGACAGGUUGGCUGUGGUGGGCGGAGUCUUCUUCAUCCUCGGAGGCCUCCUGGGCUUCAUUCCUGUUGCCUGGAAUCUUCAUGGGAUCCUGCGGGACUUCUACUCCCCACUGGUACCAGACAGCAUGAAAUUUGAGAUCGGAGAGGCUCUUUACCUGGGCAUUAUUUCCUCCCUGUUCUCCCUGGUAGCUGGAAUCAUCCUCUGCUUUUCCUGCCCAUUCCAGGGAAAUCGCUCCAACUACUAUGAUUCCUACCAGGCCCAGCCCCUCGCAACUAGGAGCUCCCCAAGGGCCAGCCAACCGCCCAAAGUCAAGAGUGAGUUUAACUCCUACAGCCUGACAGGGUAUGUGUGAAGAACCAGGGGCCAGAGCUGGGGGCGGGUGGCUGGGUCUGUGAAAACCAGCGGACAGUGCCCCCCCCCCCCCCCCCGGGCCACAGGUGAGGGACACUGGCCCUGGGUCAUGUCAGAAGGUGCUGAGGAUAGACUGACUUUGGCCGCUGGAUCAAGCGAAGGCAGAAACGGGAACUGGUGUGACAGCUUGCAGCCUGGAUUGUCAAGAUGCUUGCAAGCCAGCCUUUCUGUUCCCUUCAACUUGCCCACGGCCCUGCCACCUCCCCCCUCCCCCACCCCGGCCAGAGUCCCCAACCCUCAACUCCAAACUCCACCCCUAGCCUAGGCCAUACCACAGAGUCUCCCCUCUGCCUUUCAGGUGACUUGCGAAUCCACCCCCAAACCCACUCAUUAAUUACAUCCCACUGACUAACCGUUUCUGUGAUCAAAGACCCUCCCUCUGGCUCAGGUUGGCUCUGAGCUCAUUGCUGCGGGGUGGCGGGGAGGAGGACUGGUGGUUUUUAUGGGCACGGCUCUCACCAACUUCCCAAACUUCUCUCCGAAGAAACUGUUUGGCCAGUAAUGGAGCCCAGCGCCUCCAUGCCAUUGUUGUUAUGACUCCACAGUGUUCAGACUGGUUUGUGCGUGGACUGAAAUAAAACCACCCUGUGGUACCGAGGGAGCAGAGAGCAACUGGGUACAGGAUGAGAGGGAGGGAAGGCAGUCGAGGAUCCAAAACACAUCUGACUCACUGCCCAGGGCAUUUCCCAGAAUUCCCUCCCACUGUGGGCUGGGGAUCUAGACCCCCUCCCACUAGGGGAAAUCACAAAGAAAGAAGAUAUGGUGGAAAGCUCAAGGCAGCAGCGGACGCUGAUUCCACUGGGGAACUGCCUCCAAGCUGCAGCCCCAGCUUUCACUGAAGCUCCUGCCUCCCUCUGACCUGGCCUCCUGCUAAGAAACAAGGCUACGCGUCUCCUGAGUCCUGCAUGGUGGUUUCCUUAGGAGGGGGAACAUGUCCUUUCUCGAGAUGGCUCUUGGCUGGGGGAUGACAGCGUGAGAGGCUUGGGGUUCCAAAGAAGAGACCGCUCCUUGAUGCUGCCCCAGAAAGAAGAAGAACUUUGGUCUCUCAGAAGCUGGGGGGAGGGCAUGUGAGGUGGCUCCAGUGGGAGUUUCUAUCAAGCCAGAGAGAGGCGGCUUCCCCAGGGAGUCUGCAAGCCUAAUA